UAGUGGUUUGUGUAUGUGUAUAGAGACGAGAACAAGCUUGUCACUUGAGGUGCGUAAGCGUUCCAGUUAUUCCCUUCAUGGUGCUAGCUACAACAGAAUCACUCGUGACGUUGAUUAGUAGCCUACUAGUUUAUGCCCGCUACUUAAGAAGCUUAACAGGAAAGACAGGCCGAGAACCUUAAUCUUGUCUCACAUUCAAGCAACAAAAUAAAUACUCAAUUUCAGUAUGAGUUUAGUGCAGUUUACAAUUGUAGAGCAUUUUUCAGUCUUGUGAUUUUAUUAAUGUCUAAUAAAAUGAGUUCUCACGUCCCAUCUUCAAUUAUAAGAAUAUACUUGUUCUAUCCAUACCUGCUGCUGGUUACUGCUGCAAGACUUGCAGGAUCUCCAGGCAACGUUCCAGAUACAUCUCCUAUUGUAGAUCAGCAUUUCAACCACUUCUCUGAUCCGGUUACACGAACUGAAAGAAGUUUCAGAAUAUCAAAAGUGGAGCCUCCUUCCCGGCCUAACUCUAACUGGGACGACCCAUAUCAUCGGCCCUACUUCGAUAACAGCACAAGCCGUAAUGUUACAGCUCCGCUCGGCAAGGCUGCUUAUCUUCACUGCAGAAUUCACCAGCUAGGAGACAGAACGGUAUCCUGGGUUCGUCAACGCGAUCUGCACAUACUAACUGUCGGUAGUUACACCUAUACUAGUGAUCAGAGGUUUAAAUCCCUUCAUCUAGAAGGUACAACUGACUGGACACUAAAGAUUCAGUACACUCAAAAGCACGAUGCUGGGGUAUAUGAAUGCCAAGUUAGUACUGAACCAAAGAUGAACCUAAGUAUCAAGCUCAAUGUAGUCGUUGCCAAGGCAACAAUUCCUGGUGGACCAAACAUGUAUAUUCAGAGUGGUGGAACUUUCAACCUCACGUGCAUCAUCACAGACAACACCUCUCCUCCAACAUAUGUUUUCUGGUAUCAUGAUGGCCGUAUGAUAAACUACGACUCCACCAGAGGUGUCAGCGUCAUCACGAACAAAGAAUCCAAAUCUGUGAGUACGUUACAAAUAGAAAAUGCCAGUUCUUCACACUCUGGGAACUAUUCCUGUACUCCAUCGUAUGCUGACCCAGCCAACAUCACGGUCCACGUUCUAAAUGGAGAGAAUCCAGCAGCCAUGCAUCAUGGUGGAAAGGCCAACCAAAGUGAACGAUGUUUCCACGUGAAUGUCCAUUUCCUUCUUCUUGUUCUACUCCAGUUAACAGUCUUCCUAAUUGCUAGGUAGCUUUACUGAAACAAGGCUGUUAAACAACUAACUACUCAGAAUAUUGUUUGUACUGAAAUCCCCUGUUUUUUCACGUUUCGCCUCUUAUCAAGUCAACAGACCAUGAUUUUAAAAGAAGACUAGAAAACCUGGUGUGAUCCAAAAUAUUAACACUAACCUGUCUCGACUUCAUACCCAUCUUCAGAAAUUUCCGUUGGCGUAGCGAUGUGUGUGUUUAUGUGUUUAUGUAAAGGUUUGUGCACAUAUCAUAUAAAACUAUAUGGAUAUGCAUGAACCAGUAAUAACCAAACCGAGGUUACAUCUGCUAUUCAUGUUGGCCAUAAUUAGGGCUUGUAAUUUAGCAUUGUUCAUUUGGUUAACAUUUAUUUUAUGUUGGGAUAGAAGCUUCGUGAAACGCUAGUAGUCUGUUUAAAGUAAUAAUCAACUGUAUGAACACUAAAAUGAUAUCUAUUCAAAGAUUCAGGAAACACUUUAUUUUCUUGUUCUUUGUCAAGAUAUCAGGCCAGCUGCGUAAAUCAGUAGUUGUUAAUGUCUUGAACAUACAAAACCACUGCAGCUAACUGUUCGACACUUAUAUAUGGUUAACACGUUUCUUUGCUGAAUUCAUUAAAUGGGAUGUGACAGUCAUUAAUAUAACUGCAACUUAUUAUAAGCAUACCUUUAUUAUGAAAAUAUA